GCUGGCUGUCCAUAAAUACAUUAGCGGAGAGCGGCGCUGGAGCCUGGAGUUGGGGCUGGGGCUGGAGACGGAGAGCGACCGGUGCUGGGCUGGAGAUUCCCCCAACAAGCCACAACCAUGUCUGACUGCAGCAACAGCCAGGACUCCGAGGCCGGCGACUGCUCCGGCGAGGAGAUGGACGAGGACGAGAUCCUCGCCACCUUGUCCGCCGAGGAACUGAAGCAACUGCAGAGCGACAUGGAAGACCUGGAGCCCGACCUGCACGUCCCCCUGGGCCACAGGCAGAGAGACCACACGGGCAAACCUCCCACCGGCUCCUUCGACCACCGCUCCCUGGUGGAAUACUUGCACUGGGAGAAGGAAUCGAACCGGCUGCUGGAGGAAGAGAGGGUCCCGGCCACUCUGCUGGACGGCGAGCAAAACGUGGUGAAAAAACUAAAUGGAACGCAAAGCGAAAAGGACUCUGAGGGAGGGAGGAAUGAAAGCGAGGCGGAAAGCAGCGAUGAAGGAGAGACAAAUUCGGAAAACCUGCCUGGGAAUAGUCAGCAGAUUCAGCAACUGGAUAAUGGCGAGCCGGAGAGCAAAAAUGUCGCGUUCAAAUCGGAGAGGGAGAAGGAGUUGGUGGAGACGAUGAAGGAACAGCAAAGCAAAGAACUGCUACCGACUGAACCCGGUCUUGAACUUGAAGGCGAGAGCUGUGAUCCUCAGAAUGUGGUGGAGGAGAUCGUCGCUGAUCAGCCACAGGAUGAGCAGGAGAAGAUUGAGGAGGCCAUUCCCUUGUGCAACCAGCCGGAUCCAAUCUCAUCCACUGAAGAUCAGGACACUGUCAAUGACAGCAAAGAGGAGAUCAAGGAAGAGCUUCCCAUUCCUACGCUGCUUAAAGAAGACCAAGAAAAUACUGAGGUGACAAAGGGCAAGUUAAAAGCAGGGAAGAAACUGGAAAUGGACAGCAGUUUCCUCAAACUUAGUGCCAGGCCCUCAGGAAACCCAACGCAUUUGGACGAUGCACUGGCAAAUAUUCGCAAAAACAAGCCCGAUGUGAAAGAGGUUAACCUAAAUAAUGUGGAAAACAUCCCGAAAGAGAUGUUGAAAAGCUUUGUGGAAGCUCUGAAGAAGAACAAGCACGUGACCUUGUUCAGCAUCACCAAUACAGGGGCCGAUGAUAAUAUCGCCUUCGCCAUAGCCAACAUGCUGAGAGAAAACAAGAGAAUUGUCACCCUCAACAUCGAGUCCAACUUCAUCUCAGGCAAGGGUAUCGUAGCUAUCCUGAGGUGCUUGCAAUUCAAUGAGGUUCUCACCGAGCUGAGGUUCCACAACCAGAGGCACAUGUUAGGGCACCACGCCGAGAUGGAGAUCGCCCGCCUUCUCAAAGCCAAUUCCACCCUGCUGAAGCUGGGCUACCACUUCGAGCUGCCAGGCCCAAGGAUGGUGGUGACCAACCUGCUGAGUCGCAACCUGGAUCAGCAGAGGCAGCGGAGACUGAAGCAGCAGCGGGACCAGUUUGCACAGGAGCAAGAAGUCAUGGUGAACGCCUGUCGGAAAAUCUCCCCUGACACGCUGGCGAUGUUGGACGCAUACAUGCCAAGUUUCUCCACCAUCUGUGACGACCAUCCCUUCCCUCCGCCCAUUGCCUUGCACCGCUCGCCAAGCCCCGCCCAGCGAGUUCAACUCAGAAAAGUGACAAAAAAACAGAGCAAAAAAAAAGCAAAUCAAGACAGAGUGGAUGGGAAUGAAACGCCAAACUUAAAGGCAAUGAUAAAGUCACUAAAACCAGUUCCCAGGGCGAGACAGGCACCUGUGGUUGAAAGCACCCCUCGCGAUGACUUGUUAAGUGAUAUUCGUCAGAGCAAUGUGGCCUUUUUAAAAUCUGUUCCACUUCCAAAGCAGUUGGAUUAGUCUUGCUAACAUGGGGAACGAGUAAAAUGGAUACUUGCCUAACAUUUUAAAACCGUGCAACAAUGGAGACGGUGUGUCACAAUAAACCUUUGGCAGAACCCUACUGUUUGCAUAUCUGUGUGGGAACAAUUAAUAAGAACAGGUUACAGGUGUUUAUCUUUUGCAUAAACUAUAUGCAUAAAAAGCGUAUUGUCUUAGAAAGUUACUUAUUCACUUUGAUUUGUAUCUUGGAAUUUGGAAUGUAUUAUAAAAUGAAAUUAUUAAAUAUUAGCCUCAUGUUGAUGUCAUGGCAUGUUUUGACAUUUUAGCAUGUUUUACCUUACUUUAGUCUUUAGAGAUACAGCACGGAAACAGGCCCAUCAACCCUCCAAGUCCGUGUCGACCAGCGAUCCCGUACACCAGCACUUUACUACAGACUAAGGACAAUUAAAAAAAAUCACUGAAGCCAAUUAACCUACAAACGUAAGUCUUUGGAGUGUGGGAGGAAACUGGAGCACCCAGAGAAAACCUACGUGGUCACAGGGAGAACGUACGAACUCUGUACAGAUUGCACCCAUGGUCAGGAUCGAACCUGGAUCACUGGCGCUGUAAAGCAGCAACCCGACCGCUGCGCCACUGUGCUGCCCUCUGUGACUUCAUUACAAGGGCCUAGAAUCCACAGGAAUGUUUUCAGGAAAGGAUACAAAGUGCUGGAGUAACUCAACACGUCAUGCACCAUCUCUGGAGAACAUGGAUGGGUGACGUUUUGGGUCGGGACCCUUCUUCAGACUCCACAUGUUGGACGAGUAUUACUAAAUGCAUUUAUUCUUGUCGGACCUUUUAAGUUUUAAACACACAUUUUGUGGAAAAUCUACAAAGACAAAUACCUCCUUUUCUAGACCACUGAAGAUUUUGUUUAGUUUUUUAGUUUAGGGAUACAGCGCGGAAACAAACCCUUCGGCCCACUGAGUCCGUGCCGACCGGCGAUCCCUGCACACUAACACUAUCCAUCACACACCAGGGACAAUUUACAAUUUUGCCAAACCAAUUGCCAUACAAACCUGUACGUCUUUGGGAGAAAACCGGAGCAUCCGGUGAAAACCCACACGGUCACAGGGAGAACGUACAAACUCCGUACAGACAGCACCCAGAGUCAGGAUCGAUCCCAGGUCUCUGGCGUUGUAAGGUAGCAACUCUACUAUUGCGCCACUGUGCUGCAAUUAAACAGAAUGUUAUAUAGCUAAUGGGAGUAUUACUGGACAUAUUACCUGGUGCCUGGAAUUAAGAAUUGUGUUAUUGCACCGCAAAUUGCACAAUCAAAACUAAACUGCCUGUUGGUAAUUAACUCAACUCAGUGAUAAAGCUAAUCUGCAAUUAAUUGUCAUUGGGGGAUGCAGGUGCAUUGUUUGUUGCUUUUCCAUGACUUCAGAUGGUGUUCAAAGUUGAAAAGUUGCAUUAUUCACUAAUUUACAAUUGCUGGGUACAACUAAGUAGUAAGCUGUAAAACUGAUAUAGGCUCCUGCAAUCUACAAUAAAGUGCAAACAGUAUUGAAGUAUAUGUUUCAAGAAAAUCUUUAUAAAAUAUGAAUUGCAAAAGAUGAAUCUAUUGACAAUUGACAAAAGGCACUUCAGAAUUGAAUUCAUAAAGGCCAAUUAUAUUGAACAGCUUUAAUAUAUUUGCUUAAAGAAC